AUGAAAGCCAUCCGUCCCCUAUCUAUCGCCUCUCAGGCGCUCUCAAGUCGUGCAACGCUGGCCACAUCAUCGACAUGCAGGACGGCGUUCAUCACAGGCACACAGAAACAAAUCAUACCGCAGCGCCGGACUUUCCUCGCAGAUAUCUUGAGCAACAAAAGCCAGACCCACCAAACUCUCUCUGCGACACGCACCCUCACAUGUCCACCCAGUGUAAUCUACACCGUGAUCUCGGAUGUAGGCGCAUAUAGCCAAUUCGUUCCAUUCUGUCAAGGCAGCAUCGUCACCAAACAUUCAUCUCCGACAGCGAAAGAUGGCAAAUCUUACCCGGAAGAAGCCAAACUAUUGAUUGGCUUCAACAACGAUAUCAGCGAAGAGUUUACCUCGCGCGUCUACUGUGUGCCAGGCAAGAUCGUCGAGGCCGUCAGCGGAAAUACUCUCAGCGCGCUCGAAGGAAGUGCCGAAGUCGCGCAUCACUCCGCCCGGCCAUCGCCCGACCAGGAUCCCUCACGUCGAAGCACUGCCAUGGCGCACCUCCGUACACGGUGGACACUCAGCCCUUAUCCCUACAAGCCUCCUCCGGCCGACGCCAUCGACGCCACGACCUACCAGAAGAACGUGCAUGAGUCAGGGGAUGCACGUUCGCAAGACAGGACGCAGGUUCAUCUCGAUAUUGAGUUUUCCUUCGCCAAUCCACUAUACGCAGCGCUGAGCAAAGCGGCGGCGCCGCGAGUCGCGGACAAGAUGAUUGAGGCGUUCGAGAAGAGAGUUCGCGCGGUCAUGGAGGGUCAGGGACAUGUUCAGCCUGAGCGGGCAGGUCGGAUAAGCGGGGUCUCUAAAUAA